AUGCCGCGUAUUAUGAUUAAAGGAGGUGUCUGGAGGAACACCGAGGAUGAAAUUCUCAAGGCAGCUGUUAUGAAAUAUGGCAAAAACCAAUGGGCACGAAUUGCUUCAUUGCUUCACCGGAAAUCAGCUAAACAAUGCAAGGCCAGAUGGUAUGAGUGGUUAGAUCCCAGUAUUAAAAAGACAGAAUGGAGUCGAGAAGAGGAGGAAAAACUGCUGCAUUUAGCCAAAUUGAUGCCAACUCAGUGGAGAACAAUUGCUCCCAUUAUUGGCCGGACAGCAGCUCAAUGUUUGGAGCAUUAUGAAUAUCUUCUUGAUAAAGCUCAGAAUAGGGAUCAAGAUAAUGAGGAUGAUCCAAGACGCCUUAAGCCAGGGGAAAUUGAUCCAAAUCCUGAAACGAAACCUGCGAGGCCUGAUCCUGUGGACAUGGAUGAAGAUGAACUGGAAAUGUUGUCUGAGGCAAGAGCUCGAUUAGCUAACACUCAAGGAAAAAAAGCUAAACGAAAAGCUCGUGAGAAACAGUUGGAAGAAGCAAGGCGUUUGGCAGCAUUGCAGAAAAGACGAGAGUUGAGAGCUGCUGGAAUAGAGAUCAAACAAAAGAAGAAAAAGAAGAGAGGUGUUGAUUACAAUGCAGAAAUUCCGUUUGAGAAGAAACCUGCUCCAGGCUUUUACAACACCUCAGAAGAGACUUACAAUCCUUUGGAUCCUGAUUACAAAAGGUUGAGGCAGCAAAACAUGGAUGGAGAGCUACGAAGAGAUAAAGAAGAUAGAGAAAGAAAGAAGGACAAAUUACGACAGAAAAAGAGAAAAGAAAAUGACCUGCCUGGAGUCAUUACUAGCCAGAAUAAUUUUACAGAACCCAUAAAGAAACGAAGUAAACUAGUAUUGCCAUCUCCUCAAAUAUCUGAUGCUGAAUUAGAAGAUGUUGUGAAAAUUGGUCAAGCAAGUGAAUAUGCUCGACAGCAGGCAGAAGAUGGUGGCAUCAAAGAUGGAGCUUCACAAGCUCUUUUGCAAGAUUACAAUGUGACCCCCCACUCAGUUAAUCUACGGACCCCACGCACUCCAGCCUCAGAGGACACUGUCUUACAGGAAGCACAGAACAUCAUGGCCCUAACAAAUGUUGAUACUCCUUUAAAGGGAGGCUUGAAUACUCCACUCCAUGAUAGUGAUUUCAGUGGAGUUACACCAAAACAUGUGACCCCUCACACUCCAAACACUCUUAUUACAACUCCAUACCAAACACCUGGACAUAAUGACCCUUCAGGACUUAGUCCCAAAUCGGGUGUCAUGACUCCACGACAAACACCAGGCACGACCCCCUUGAGAACACCUGUCAGAGAUAAAUUAAAUAUUAAUCCAGCUGAUUAUUUUGAAUCGGUGGAAUAUGGGAAACAGGCCCAGAGAGACUUGAAAGACCAACUCAAAAGAGGAUUGGCUGCUUUACCAACUCCCAAAAAUGAUUAUGAAAUUGUUGUGCCAGAAAAUGAAGCUAUGGAAUUAGAGGAGGUGACUGACCAGAAAGAUAAUUAUGUGGAGGACCAAGCUGAUGUGGAUGCUAGAGCUAUACAAGAACAGAUUGCUUUAAGAGAGAAGGAAUUACGCAUGAGUUCUCAGGUUGUGCAAAGGAACAUGCCACGCCCAACAGACAUCAAUACAAACAUCAUGAGAAUGGUGGGAUCAUCUGACCCCCCGCUCACAGAUCUGCAAAGGGCUGAAGAACUAAUCAAGAAAGAGAUGCUGAUUAUGUUGCAUUAUGAUAGUGUCCAUAAUCCCACACCUGCUCAAAUGGGAAUUCCACCUGGUAGCAAAAAGUCUCAGCCCAGUCAGAAAGGUGUCCUCAACCAAGCACAGCAUCUUGCAUAUUUGGAGAGUCAUCCCUAUAUUCAUUAUGAAGAAGAGGAAUUGACUACUGCCAAGAAGCUUUUGCAAGGAGAAAUGGAAGUUGUGAAAGGUGGUAUGAAUCAUGGAGACUUGUCUCUGGAAGCUUUCAGCCAGGUGUGGGAAGAGUGUUACUCACAAGUAUUGUUCCUGCCUUCACAGAACAGGUACACACGAGCCAAUUUAGCAAGCAAAAAAGAUAGGAUUGAAUCCCUGGACAAGCGAUUAGAGAUUAACCGAAAUCACAUGACAAAAGAUGCCAAGCAAGCUGCCAAGCUGGAGAAAAAAUUGAAAAUUCUGUUGGGCGGAUAUCAAGGUCGAUCACAGGGUUUAUUCAAACAGUUGCAUGACAUUUCUGAACAGAUCGAACAAACUUAUAUGGAACUGAAGACAUUUGAGAAGUUACGAUUACAUGAAAUUGGAGCCAUACCAAAAAGAUCUGAGUCUCUCACAGAAGAUGUACAACGACAGACAGAACGAGAAAAGGAACUACAGAAGAGAUUUGCUGAGCUCCAGUACAAGAAAGAAUUGUUGUCAUCCUCUUCAUAA